UAUAGUUCUCGAAUUACAACAUUUAGUAAUGCUUUCAUUUUAAUUGUAUUUACACAUAUUAAAUACAUAGUUAAUAGGUUAUUAUGAUGGUAGAGAAGUGUUCGGAAUGGAUUUACUUUAUUUGUUAAUCUUGUUUGCGCUAAGUUUUACAAAAGAAAGUGAGACUGCCUGUGGUAAUCUGACAUAUCUCGAGCCUGCAUUGCAAUUGAGAAAUGUGACGUUUGUGUUCGAACCGGACAAUUACCAAAGCGAUAUACUACCUAUUUUGAAAAACGAGCAAUACAAUAUGGGCGGUCAAAGGGUCUCAGUCAGUGCUGAUCCAACCAGGAGUGUGUACCUUAUUGUUUUAAACACCUACGUUGGCGGUAGAAACUAUGCGAGCACGUAUUUUUCUGUGACUCACAAUAAAUGCAGCUCAGAUCGAGUACGCCUAGAUUUAAGAGUUAUUUCAGGUUGCGGAUAUUUGUAUAUUAGGACCAAGGUGGUUACCACAGGAGGUUAUGUCGAGUUAGGCUACUUUCCCGCUUUAAGCGUAAUAAACAACUAUCAUCUUUAUGUACGCCAAUGGUAUAACGCCACCUCCUCAUCGGAUAUGCAUUUAUCAGAUGGUCGCUUUUCUGAGAGGAAGGAUCCAAACUGGGAGUUUGUACUGACAAUACACAACGUAAACCGAUGGACGUCUGGAAACUACAGCGUGAGAUGCACAGAUGACCGUCCUGGAAGGAACAAGUUUACACAACCCGUUGAAAUAAACGUCAUUGGUAAGCCCUCGCUUCAUUCCUAUAAUCAUACUUCCGAAUGUGAUGAUUGCUUAGUCGGAAUAAAUGGACAAGAUUUGGGCAGUCAUAUUUACUGCCAUACAACCGGCGGAACUGUUCCAACAAUAUAUGUCGGAGAUAGAAAAGUAACCGUACACUUUGUUAGUAAUGAUACAUACCGGCCGUCGUAUGUUGCGAGUAAAGACGACCACAUGAAGGUCGUUACAUGCAGCGUCUUCAAUGCAGCUAUGGAAACGCCACUUAACACCAGUUCCAAACUUUAUGUCGCAGUUAAGCCAGACAACGCAGUUCUCGCCGUACCCACACUGAAAGAAGGGGAACCAGCAGGAAUCACGUGUUCUUCCAUGGGAGGGAGACCGCCGUCAACAUUAACACUAAUGAUCGGUACGAUGAACGUGACUGCAAAUAUUAGUACAACAACUAUUUUAAACGAAGAGUUCGGAAGCUACACAACACAGAUUGUUUUGGAAGCAGCUGCUAAGAGAGAGUGGCAAACGCGAGAGGUGAUUUGCUUCCAACGGACGCCGUUGUUUUCUAGCUAUAAAACUGAAAAGGAAAUUAUAGACUGUAAAUACCCUCCGUCAGAGAUAUUGCUGGAGUCACCAGAUAUGCCCUCCAGACUUCAAGACAUCUACAAUCUUAUGUUUAGCUGUGAAAUUAAAGAUUAUAACGAUAACUGCAGAUUACAAUGGACCUCAAACAAACCAUCACUCCUAGAGGGUAUAAUUCCUAAAGAAAUAACGAACGCUAGAUCCAUAAGGUCCAUAAUGAACGUAUCAGUCACCAAGGAGGACUUGGGCAAGGUGCUUAUCUGCAAUGCUGUGUGUUCCAGCUUUCAGCGUAACAUCUCGAAGUCGUACGCUCUACUGGUACCUUGUAGGUUUCUUCAAACACUUCGAAUAUGAGCUUAACAACACAUGUCCAGUUAUCGCUUAGCUAGUACGAAAAUUUAGAAUAUACGCAGCAGAAAUAUGCAAACAAUAUUCUCAGCGAAAAUACGCUUGUCCGUAUUCCAUUCCGCUUACACAACGUCAUAACAAGUAUUUAAGAUACAAUGUAAAAUACAAGUUGCAUUG